AUGUACAGCUAUACCUUCUUGGUUGAGUUCCUUGAGCACGGCGGAGUCUUGUGUCUUCAGGAGCUCUGUGUAUCAUCAACCAGCAAAGAAAUUGACAAAAGGUGGGCUCUUCGUGUUCUUUCGAAUGUUGCAAAUGCCGGUACCAAGUACAAAGAGACGAUAUGUGAAUGCUAUGCUCUCUUAAUCCUUAUUUUCGCUCUGCCCUCAUCAGGCAUUAGGGCAGUUGCUGAGUGCAUGGCCAAAUCGAAGAGUGAAGAGACUCAAGAAGCAGCCCGCUGUCUUUUAGAGAUUCUAGCCGAAGGCAAUCCACGUUUUGCUGACCAAGUAUAUAAAGGCCUCAUUGGAGUUCUCCCUUGCGACUCGGCCAAAGCCCAGCAACUUGCUCUACAAACUAUCCGCAUCCUCCAGUCUCUGUCCGAUUCACAGCGAAUAUCUUUUGAAUGUGAUGAUGACUAUAAAAAGAUGGAGUUGAUAAUGAGCUAG